GAGAAGACAGUGAGAACAAGUGAGAAACAUAGCCAAAGUAGAUAAGAAGCAUUACGAGAAAGGCGCUGCUCCACACUUGGCAAAAAAAAGAAAAGAAAGAAAAAAAAAAAAAGGCUAAGGCAACACUGUUGUGUUGUUUUUGUGUCUAUGUUUUCAGCCAUGGAGGAGGUGUGGUACUGGUUCAAGCUACUCGUGAUAUGCUUCAUGGCGUUAGUGUUCGUGUUGAAGGUGGUAGUGUUGCUUUGGUGGAGACCCAGAAAGAUCGAACACCAUUUUUCCAAGCAAGGGAUUAGAGGUCCCCCUUAUCGUUUCUUCAUAGGCAAUGUCAAAGAGCUUGUGGGUCUCAUGUUGAAGGCUUCUUCUCAACCCAUGCCUUUCUCUCACAACAUACUCCCCAGAGUUCUCUCCUUCUACCAUCACUGGAAGAAAAUCUAUGGUGCAACAUUUCUCGUGUGGUUCGGCCCGACCGUUCGUCUCACCAUCUCCGAUCCGGACCUUAUUCGGGAGAUUUUCGCCUCCAAGUCGGAAUUCUAUGAGAAGAACGAGGCACACCCGCUUGUUAAACAGCUUGAAGGUGAUGGGCUGCUGAGCCUCAAAGGCGAAAAAUGGGCUCAUCAUAGGAAAAUCAUAACACCUACCUUGCACAUGGAGAAUCUCAAACUGAUGGUACCGGUGAUGGCGAAGAGCGUGACCGAAAUGUUGGAGAAAUGGAUGGCAAUGUCAAAAUCAGGUGAGGUAGAGAUUGAAGUUUCUGAGUGGUACCAAACAUUGACCGAGGAUGUCAUCACCCGCAUGGCAUUCGGCAGCAGCUAUGAAGAUGGUAAGGCCAUUUUCCAACUCCAAGCUCAGCAAAUGGUCAUGGCUGCCGAGGCAUUUCAGAAAGUUUUCAUCCCCGGCUAUAGAUUCCUUCCAACCAAAAGAAACAUGAAUUCUUGGAAAUUGGACAAGGAGAUAAAGAAAUCGCUGGUGAAGCUGAUUGAUCGGCGAAAGGAGAAUAGGUGGAAGGAAAAUCCGGAGAAAUGUCCAAAAGAUUUAUUGGGGCUAAUGAUAGAAGAAACGGUUAAAAAGGGAGAAAUGAGUUGGUGCCCAUCAUCCAAGAUUACGGUACAGGACAUUGUUGAGGAGUGCAAGAGUUUCUUCUUCGCCGGAAAGCAGACAACCUCCAAUCUGCUGACCUGGACUACGGUUCUCCUUGCAAUGCACCCACAGUGGCAGGUUCGAGCACGUGACGAGGUUUUCCGUGUGUGCGGAGCACGUGAUACACCAACCAAAGAUGAUGUUGUCAAACUUAAGACGCUAAGCAUGAUCCUCAAUGAGUCCCUGCGCCUCUAUCCGCCCAUCAUCGCAGCCAUCAGACGGGCCAAAACGGAUGUAGAGCUGGGAGGCUACAAGAUCCCCCGUGGGAUGGAGCUCCUAAUCCCAAUCCUAGCCGUUCAUCAUGAUCCCUUGAUAUGGGGCAAUGAUGCAAAUGAAUUCAACCCGGCCCGAUUCGCGGAAGGAGUGGCCCGAGCCGCCAAGCAUCCGGUGGCGUUCAUUCCAUUCGGCCUGGGCGUCCGUACAUGCAUUGGCCAAAAUUUAGCCAUCUUGCAGGCCAAACUGGCCCUUGCCAUAAUCCUCCAACGCUUCUCCUUCACUCUUGCCCCCUCCUACCAGCAUGCACCAACGGUUUUGAUGCUCUUGUACCCUCAGUACGGGGCCCCCAUCACCUUUCGAACUUUAUCCACACCUGAUCAAGGGUCCUAAAUCACUCCCAUCCCCAGCCUUAGCGUGUGAGCGUAUAUAUAUGCUUUUUUCCCGACUGAACCCAAAAUAUCCCUAUUAUUGCCUCUCAGUAGCUUGGGUUUUUUUUUUCUUUUUUUUUUUUGGAAAAAAAAUGGAAAAAUGAAAAUAUUUGUUGCCAUUCUCUUAGCCUUGGUAUAGUACACUGACCCAUGCCUGUCUUUUUACCAAAUUGUCCAGACUAUCCUGGCAUGUAACCCCUUUGUCAGUUGUAAGAUUUAGUCAGUUGCUAACAUCCACCUUUUUUUUUUUUGGUCUUUUCUUCAGUGUCUAUGUCAUAACUCUUAUGUAUGUAUGCAAUGUAUAUUUUUUGCACAAUUUCUACACAGUUUUGUAACAUUAUUCAUUCAUGAACUUGAAUGGUGGUUUAUCAUUAGAUUAGUCGCUUUGGCCCUCUUCAAAAUCUA